AUUUUAUUUUCAAGAGAAAAAUAUUAAUUGUAGGUUGAAUUGGUGUAUAUCCAUUGUAUAUGCAGACGGGAGAGAGGGAGAGGGAGAGAGAGUUGAAAAUGGUCUUGUGGUUUUAAAAGCUAUAGCCAGACAUGCUCUGCAACAGAUGUGUUCUUGCCUCCUAUGCAGUCCUUUACCUCUCUCUCUCUGAUCUUUUAGCUUCCUUUGUUUUUUGGCGAUAGCUAGCAGCUAGCUUGGCUACCCACCCACUCCCUUGCUUGGUUUAAUCUUUUUAUGCCAUAUCAUUUUGCUAUAGGUACCUUUAUCGUGCUCUGUCAAAAGAUUACACAAGCUCAGAGAGAUAAGAGGGAGAAGGAAGGAGAUUGGGCAAAAGGGUUUUUCAAGAGAGGGUUUGGGGCUUAUCUUUUCUUUCUUUUUCUUCUUUUCUUGUAAAGAGUGAUUGGUUAUACAGGCUCCAACUGAAGUGACAGCGAGCGUUUGGGAACCCAAAGGAUAUAUUUUUUAGCAGAGCAAAUAAAAAAAAAAGGGUUAUUUAUCUCACAUGUAUUUGGAUGAUGAAAUUUUCAGUAUGAUGAAGAUUGUCAAAAAAACUGGAGGGAAGUGAUUAAUCAUCUGAAUUCAGGAAGGGUCUCUGCAUAUAUUCAAACAGAAGAGGAAAAAUAUUUGGCAAGAAUCUCAGUCUCUCAGGCGUUAUUUUCAAGGUAAACAGAAAGAGGAGAGAAAAUUUUUUAUCUCAAUAUUAAUUCAAGAGAUUAACUUGCCAUCAAAACAAGAAAUCAACCAUACAGCUCCAUCAAGAAUUAGCAUGCAAAGAAUCUAAUUCUCAAGUUAGAUUCUUUUGCAACCCACAAACUUAUAACGGUUUUGUUUCUGCUAAGGUGAAAAUGGCUACCAAUCAUUCAUUAGAAAUGCAAGAACCAAGCAUCGACACCGACAAGCUCAGCUACGAAAUCUUCUCAAUUCUUGAAAGCAAGUUUCUGUUUGGUUACGACGAUCACAAGCUCUGGAUUCCCAAGCAGAUAUCUCCGGCACCCACAGAGCCAAAACCAGAGUCUUUUAUAUCCCCACCAGUUGCCGAUGCCAAUGGCGUCUCUGCAAUUAAGAACCAGCGAGGAAAAAUCUGCAUACUCUCCAUCGACGGCGGAGGCAUGAGAGGGAUUCUUUCUGGGAAAGCAUUGGCCUAUCUCGAGCACGCGCUCAAAAUCAAAUCAGGCAAUCCUGAAGCCAGAAUCGCAGAUUAUUUCGACGUCGCGGCGGGGACGGGCAUCGGCGGCAUCUUUACGGCCAUGCUUUUUGGCAGUAAAGAUCAUAACCAUGCGAUUAUGAAGGCAGAUGACACUUGGAGGUUUUUGGCCGAUCAUGGCGGGAAAAUUUACCGUUCCGGUAAUGGCAAUGGAGGAGGUGUUGGAAAUGGUUGUGGUAGCGGCGGCGGCGUUCUUAAGCGGCUAUUCAAAGGCGGUUCUGGAACGACUGCCACCACAGGCUGUCUAGAGAAAGCCAUGAAAGAGAUGUUCACUGAGAAAGGUCAAAGCUUAACUCUUAAAGAUACAUUAAAACCUGUUCUGAUCCCAUGCUACGAUCUUUCAAGCAUGGCGCCGUUUCUGUUCUCAAGAGCAGACGCAUUAGAAACCGAUAGUUUUGAUUUCCGGCUCUGGGAAGUCUGCAGAGCGACAUCGGCCGAGCCGGGUUUAUUCGAGCCAAUUCAAAUGCGGUCGAUUGACGGUCAGACCAAGUGUUUAGCGGUUGAAGGUGGAUUAGCUAUGAGCAACCCAACAUCCGCGGCAAUCACGCACGUUCUGCAUAACAAGCAAGAGUUUCCAUUCGUGAGAGGAGUGGAAGAUUUAUUAGUACUGUCUCUUGGUACUGGUCAGCUUCUUGAGUUGAGUUACGAUUAUGAGGAGGUUAAAAACUGGAGGGCCAGGCACUGGGCUCGACCCAUGGCUCGAAUUGCAGGUGAUGGUUCGGCAGAUUCAGUGGACCAAGCCAUAGCUAUGGCUUUUGGGCAGUGUAGGAACAGUAACUACGUAAGAAUUCAGGCAAAUGGAUCCAGCUUAGGCCGGUGUGGACCCAAUGUGGACACAGACCCUGGUCCUAACAAUGUGAAGAUGUUGAUUUCCAUAGCAGAGGAAAUGUUGAAGCAGAAAAAUGUUGAAUCAGUGUUGUUUGGGGGUAAGAGGAUUGGAGAGCAAAGCAAUUUUGAGAAACUGGAUUGGUUUGCUGAUGAACUUGUGCUUGAGCAUCAGAGGAGGAGCUGCAGAAUUGCUCCCACUGUUGCUUUCAAGCAAGCUGCUUCUAAACCUACUUAGACUACUCUCUCUACUAUGUUUAGGACCAACCCAAACAAAAAGAAAAAGG